AUGCCAAAUGUUUCUUUAUGCGAGCGCUGCCUGAAUAUCAACUUCGGAGCUCUUCGCUACCCGACUAUAUCAGACAUCAAGAGCAUCCAAGCAAGCCAAAGAGCACCCGACAAGUUCCCCUUCAAAGUAGAUGGCACUGAACGUCCCAAGAAAGUCGAUCUUGGACUUUUAAGUGACAUCAAGAACCGAAAGCACUGCAAGCUCUGCACAAUCAUCUGGCGGCAACUGCAUAAUCUCGAGGUGGCCUUCGAAUCCGGCUCCGUCAAAGUCUACUCUGACUCCGGGCAUGCUGCGCUUGGCCAGGAGGUCACGUGCCAUGCGACCAUUGCGUUGCAUUGGGGGCUCUUCAGGUACGACGACUCAUCGGAUAGCCACCCGGCAUUGUAUCGACUGUCCAUUCAUACAUAUAUAUCACCAACCCAUGAGCACAAUAUGCAGCCGCACAUGUACAUAGACCAUUAUUUCCAAUCCUGUGAUAUUGGUGCUGGGAUGGAAACUGUCCGAUUCGUUGACGUUCGGAGUAAAUCGAUAAAGACAUUCCACAAUGAGAGCCUCGAGGACAUUCGAUACAUUGCCUUAUCAUACGUGUGGGGCAAACCUGUACCAAACAGCCCACCCGUUCUUGAGCUUACUGCCUCUUCCUCUGAAGACCUCGAAGCUGAUGGAGCGCUGGACCGGAUGGGAACUCCGAAAACGAUUCAAGAUGUCAUUGACCUCGCGAUUGCUCUAGGUAUCCAGUACGUCUGGAUUGACCGACUCUGCAUCCGUCAGGACAGUAACGAAGACAAAGGGAAGCAGAUCGGGAAGAUGCAUGCCAUCUACAACGCCUCUUAUAUCACCGUCGUAGCUGCUGCAGGAAUCGACGUCCAUCAUGGUCUACCCGGCUUCAGGCCAGACACGCGCCAUGUCGAGCAGGAAGAAGUCCUCGUCGUCCCUCCAUGCGAGACGGACUGCCGCAAAGAUCAUGCUCAUGACACGAAGGGGAUGUCUCUUCUCACAUCGGCGAAGAGCUUUCUACGAGAAGAACAUUACCUGGAGGACACUACAUGGAAUCGCCGUGGCUGGACGAUGCAAGAGCGAGUGCUGGCCCGCCGAUCACUAAUUUUCACAGACGAGCAGGUUUAUUGGGCGUGUUCCGAUGCGACUUUCUUCGAAGACAGCUUUUGCGAGCUGGCGUUCCCGCGCUUCCAAUUCUUCUCUCGGCGGAGUGCUGAACUCAAUCUCAAAAGCUCCGCGCGCACUUACUCGGAACACCGCGACCCCAAAGAGAGAUCCUGGGCGACAUAUACCCUCCUUGUACGGCGAUACUCAAAGCGCUUGCUUUCAUUCGAAGGCGACGGACAUGACGCUUUUGCUGCUAUUCUACAAGCUCUUGAGGCAGGGUCUGGGGAAACGUUUAUAUGGGGACUUCCAGCCUCCCACUUCGAACUCGGCCUGUCUUGGACUACAUUUGAAGGCCAGCAACGCCGGACAGAAGCGUCGACGCUACCGAUGACCUCUCUGAAGCGCAGAGUCCACUUCCCAAGCUGGUCUUGGUUGGGAUGGGUUGGCGAAACCCACAUCAACGUCAGCAACGACCGACUUGACACAGAGCAGCCGACGAUCAAGUGCUAUGUGCACGAGCUCUCUCCUGAAACCAUCAAGAUCGUUCCAGUAUGGAGCAUGGCCCACACAGCCACCACCUCUAUAACCCACGACCUCGAGUAUGCCGACGAUCAGCCACGAGAGGUAACACUGGCAGCGCUACAAGAACAUCUCCCAUCCCUCACCCCAGCGUACCUCCGCGACGUGCCCGCCCACCACCUCCUCUUCUUUUGGGCGGCAACCGCCAGAUUCCGCAUCGCUCUCCGCCGCGAAGGCAACCCCGUCUCCCUCAUCACCGAAGCCGCGCUCGGCUUCACCUGCAUCUUCUGCCACACCGUCGAGCAGCACAUCAGCGGCAGCCCCGCGCCGCCGGCGACCGCAACGCCCUUCCACCACCUAACGCCCCAAAUCCUAAACGCCAAAGGCGAUGUCGUGGGGACGCUUUGCCGCAUGCGCGAAAAGCACUGGGCGGGCGGGAGGUAUGAGACCGAGCUGCAGGAAUUCAUUGUCGUGGGGCGACGGCAUAUCGCGGAGCUGGGAGAUGAGUUUCCGGCGACGCUGCUGGUCAUGCAGGUGGAGCGGAAGGGGGAGGUUUGGGAGAGGGUUAACAUGGGGGAGAUUGAGGAAGGGGCGUGGAAGGAGGCGGGAGGGGAGUGGAAGUUGGUUGUGCUUGGGUAA